UUUCCGUGUUGAUUCAAACUCUGCUAAAAAUAUUAAUGAGUCAGAGUGACGUAUAUAAAGUACGUAGAGUCAUUUUUUAUUUGAGAAUCAUCUUUUUUAACAUCAUCAUUCUCUUUGGUAUCAUGCCCGACUUCCUCUCAUUUUACCCUAUCGGAAAGCAUCUGAACGAAAAUGAGCAUCACUGUUAUUAUAUUUUGGUUGGAUACGUCCUUUUCGUUGCUUGGCUUGGGCCAUCUUGGAUGAGGAACCGAAAACCAUUCAACUUAAAAAUACUGAUGAUCUUGUACAAUCUUUUUAUGUCCGCUUUCAAUUUAGUUUUGAUGUAUCAACUGUACACAAUUGUAACAGAUAACUGGGAUGUGAGAUGUCGCAGAGGUACUCCAGAAUAUCUCCAAACGGUUCAAAGUAAAAAGUCUGUGGCAUGGAAUUUAAUUUUUGAAAAAUACUUGUCAUUGUUAGAUACGAUUUUCUUCGUGCUACGCAAGAAGCAAAAUCAAAUAUCAUUUCUUCAUGUUUUCCAUCACACCUCUAUGUGUCUACUUGUUAUUUGGUUUACUACAGUUCCUGACCCAGCUUUCUUUAUCAUCGUCAACAUGCUUCUGAAUACGUUUGUGCACGUCGUUAUGUACUUUUAUUACGGCUUAUCAGCUUUCGGGAAGGCGAUCCAGAAAUAUUUGUGGUGGAAAAGAUAUCUCACACUUUUGCAAAUUGUACAGUUUCUACUGAUGAUUUCGUAUAUGGCGAUAUCCUUUGGGAAAGGUUGCGAGGAAGUAAAGACAUUGGAGGCUGUCUCUACUGUUUUUCUCAUCAGCAUUCUUGUGCUAUUCAUCAAUUUUUAUCAAAAUUCGUUCAAGAAAACGAAAGUUGAAUGAUAACAUUAAUAAAAAAGUUGUUCAAUUAAAUCAAUCACUCAUAAAAAACUUAUUUAUUUUUUUAAAUAAAUUUCUUGUAGAUAUA